CACGCGCAGAAAGAGAGAUGCCACACAGCGAUAGCGUCGGAAGUUCGUCCUCGUUCGGAACACAUCGACGGUUCGUCUCGCUGUUUUCCCUCCUCCCUGUCCCGUUCGCGUUACAAUUUCGUAUCGUCUACGUACCGUACCCGAGAUUGAGAUUCGACAUUGAAAUUUGACCAGGGCAAAGCGAGCUGUAAGACUCAAAUUAGUUAACUCGUUGAAUUCUAAGUCGACAUUCGUAGACCGAUCUUAUAUUUAAGGAGCGAUCAUAUAUUUUUUACUAUAAACUUGUAAGUAGUGAACAUUUUCAAAUUUCAAGCUAGACAAUUGUCACUUUUCACGACUUCGCACUGAAGGAAAUGAUUUAUGAUCGCCUGAAACUCAUCUUGAAGUGGACUGUUAGAGUCCUUUCAUUGGCUGCACGGCGCCUUGAAAUAAGCCUGAGACGACUUUAAAUAUAAGGCUGAACAGUAAAUACUACAUCUAAAGCGAUAUUCAUAGUCGGAUUCUAUAUUUAAAAUCGUCUUAUGUUCAUCCUCAGAUGUCUUAUGGCCGAUAAAACGAUGCGUACAGUAUCUGAAGAUGAACCAAGGUCAUCUUGAAGUAGUUGUGUACCUAAAUGCGAUACGAGUGGUCUAAACCUUGAAGUAGUUGUGUACCUAAAUGCGAUACGAGUGGUCGCAUGGAUGUGCUCCAUUUUUAAAUUGACAUUUUCAAUAAAAAAAAAAAUUGUUCUAAAUAGUAAUAUUUCUUUUUUUACAUGGAAACAGCAAUCAUAAGAUUUCUUUUAAAACGGACGAGGGUAGCCCCUAAUUAACAAAUACACAAAUGAGAAGAUAAAGGAAUAAGAUGAGUGUUCUUCAGUACUUUUCGGAAGAUGCAUUUUUGUGCGCGUGAAUGCGUGACACCUGUCAUAGGUUAAAUACAAGAUCUGAUUAUUAAUAUUGCCCCUAGUCUCCAAUCCGCAAUUCUCAAUCUCCUAUACUGAGAUUGGAUUGUCCUUUUAGAUCCAGAGGAACAAUCCUAUCUCAGCACAGCAAAACUUCCGAUAGUUGUGUAAAAUAAACGUUCUGCUGAACGCGGCCAAUCUGACACGGGCCCUACGUUUUUGUUUACGUCUCCGUCGAUUGGCUCUAUGCUCGGCGGUGCAGCCGGGCGGAUGUAAUCACGGGAGACGCCGGCGGAGAUCGUGCGGGGUAACCUUAGGGCGCGCGAUGUUUCCAAACAGACGCGUGACAGUUAACGGUCCACGUUGCGACAUCUGCGUCGCCCGUUCGUUCGUUUGCUUGCUCGGCCGUCCGCGCCGGCUCGCAUAUCGGCUCGAUUGCAUAUCGCGCGCGCGAUUUCGUCAGUGCGCGACGGCAGGCCAAUCGGGAUAAUGGUUCGACGGGUCACGUGACUCGCGCGCUGCACGCAAGUUCGCGUUCGGAUAGUGAUCAACGUUCCCGUGGUCCGCGCGAUCGCAAUGUCGUUACGUCGACGAUUAAAACGAGCCGACGCAUCGCGCUCUCUCGUGUAAUCCUGACCUACCCGGCGCGUUUCCUGUGAUCGCGCAAGUUAGUGCGUGUCUCUGCGGGAUCAUUCUCGUACGACGAAGUCGCGUGUCGCUCAAUAACCGUCAGAUGACAGAAAUAAAAGACCAGUCACCGUGACAAUCGCGAACGACCCUCGCGUGGAGUGUGCGACUUAUUUUUUCUCGUCGAAGUGUGUCCGCGAGUGACGAUAAACGUGUGUCAAUCGGUCGUCGGUUUACAUGUCGCGUGUGAUUCCCGACGAUCGCAAGAAGAACUUGCGUAUCACCGUUAAAACGCGAGAGAAGCCGCUGAGGGAGGACGAUGAUGCUCGACGAGGAUGUUCGAGAGUCCACCGUGGAGAUGGCGACAACGCGACGUUAUCAUACGAUAAGGCUCGAAGCGGGAUGUCCGUGGGUUCGGGCGGGCGGGCACCGUUUAAUAAACGGACGACGCAAAAUACUCUGCCGCUCACGAAGAAGGCCAACGGAAAUCAGGCGAACCCAUCAACGAGGACAGCGGCGAACCCGGGCAGGAAAAGGGACACGGUCGCGUCGCUCUUCAGCCCGAGGAGACCAGCGGCGAGCAGAAAAGUCGAGCACGUCGACGUCCGCGGCAAGGCGAAGCCGGGGGAUCAGCUAAAAGGGCAACCGAGCCAGCAGCAGUCGACGCAGCAGCCGACGUCGCUGCGGCAGGCGCCUAGUGCCUCCUCUCUGGAGGCGAAGAGCGACGUCGCGCCGACUGGAAACAACUGGGCCGGCUCCCUAGGCGGCAAGGAGCCGGCCAGGCCCAACACCGCCAAGGCGCCGGUGGCCGUCCAUCAGUCAUCCAAGGGCGGUUCCGCCAAGGCGAGCAGGAUGCAGGAGCUGGAGCGCGAGAUCGAGACUCUGCGUAAGGAUCGCGCGCGUCUCGAGGCGAGCCUACGUGACGCCGCCUGCGACGCGCAGAUCUUGCGCGACCUGCGCGCCGAACUCGCCGCUCUCAAGGAGCAGCACAGCCUCGAGCUAGAACGUCUCACGGAAGAGAAUGAGGCUCUUCGUGCUCGUCUACGAGAUGUGGCGCAUUCUCCACUGUCGGAUUCGGAGAAGCAGCAACUGCUGUUUGACGCCUCCAGGCUCCAUAAUUCAGCACCAGCCUCCAUCGCCAUCCCUCAGGACGAUGCAAACUGCACCAGCUCACCCCAGGAUGGCGCCCAGUGCACCACGCCAGAUUGGGACAAGCAUUCCUCCAGCUCUGUGUCGGAGGUUUCGGUUGCAUGCUUGCAGGACAAGAUUCUACAGAUGGAGGAGACGCAUUAUUCCACGAACGAAGAGUUGCAGGCAACUAUUCAGGAAUUAAGUGAUCUGCAGGCGCAACUGACGGAGUUGCAAGCCGAGAAUGAAAAGUUAACCGAGGAGAAGGGCGUCCUACUGGAGUCACUGUGCCGUCAGACGGAGAAACUAGAGAACUCUCGGUCCAAGGUUGAUACCCUGCGGGAGCUGCUUUUAAGAGAGGAACAACCGCAGGAGGCAUCCAAGGGUUACAACACAGAAAGGGAGCAGAAGCUAGUGGAUCUCUUGAAAAGCGCGCAGGAGGAGCGAGAAGCACUGCUUCAGAAGCAAGAGGAGCUGACCAGCGAGCUGAAGAGUCUCAGAGUGACUGCCGACACGAGCGCCGCGGAGACCGAACGUCUGCAGAAGUGCGUGGAGGCACUGGAGUCGACGGUCGACACGGUGAACGUCGAACGGAAGCAGCUGGACCUGGAGUUGGCGGAAGCCAGGCAGGAGGGCGCGAAUCGCAGUAUAGAGAUCAGCAGGCUGGCGACCCUGCUGGAGAAUGCGCGAGCGAAAAUCGAGGAGUUGGAACAGUCGAGGCAGCUGGAGAACAAGAGCGAGGCGGACGAAUUGCUGGACGCGGCCAGGCGGGAAAAGGACACGCUGGAGACGCAGGCAGCGGCGCUGCAGGAACAGCUGGCGCGCUCGCAUUGCGACCACGAUCGGCUGAGGGAUCAGUAUUCGCAGCUUCAGGAAGAAUAUAAGGUGGCGCGGAACAAUGCAAAGUCCGCGAUAGACGACUUGGAGUACAGACUGAAUCAGUUGAAGGACGAACGGCUGUCCGUGAGCACGGAGCUCCAGCUUGUCCGAGACUCCCUGGCGGAGUUGCAGGCACAGUGUCAGCGGCAUUUGGAAGACAAGCGAGAGCUGAAGACCGCAUUGAGCGAGGCGCAGACGCGCCAGUUCGAGCUGGAGCGCGCGUUGGCCGAUGAACGUAAGCUGAGGCGCGACGAGAUCACGGAAUGGGAGCAAUUCCAGACCGAUCUUCUGAUGACCGUGCGGGUGGCCAACGACUUCAAGACCGAGGCGCAGAGCGAGCUCGAGCGCGUCGUCAUGGAGAACAAGGCGCAGAGGGACAAGCUGAGAGCACUGGAGGCGCAGCUCGAUAAGCUGAACAAAGAUAGCACUGCACUGAAUUACUGCAAGAUACCACUCGAUACCUUUAACGGGAAUAAGCGGAAAACGGCGAGCACUAUGUUAAAGCGGGGUCGGGCGAUACUGAAAAAACAUCACGACCCGAGGAAGCAUGCGUUGCUGCAUGACAUGGUUAGAGCGACCACAACGACAACAGUAACGACGACAACAACGGCGACAACGACGACGACGACGAUGAGUGAUCUGGACGUAUGCCAAACAAAGUUCCCGGACGUUAUGGUCUCUCCGACUCAAAACGGUGACUUAUCGUUGCCGAAUAACGACGUAAAUGGCGUACCGGCCCUCAAGGGAGCUAUCAAAUUAGAGGACAAACUGAUUUCCGGCGAGGAGAUCGAGAUCUGUCCCAACUUUCGCGUCGACAGUCGGCGGAGCACCGAGUGCGCCCCGAAAAACACGGACGCGCACCACUUGGCCAGUGAAAAUUCGAGACAAUGGAAGAAUCCCAAGAUCGAAUCUUCCAAGUCCUGCUUGAAACCGGACAAGUGGGCGCACAGUGCGAGCGACGAAUCCUCGAUAAUGGCGGAUAACUAUCCGAAGCUCUACAUCACCGUCGCGAACACGUCGGACAAGAACGCGAUGACGAAGAGCUCGUUACUGAAGAAUAUCAGUGGUAUCCAGAGCGCCGACGGGGACUCGUACGGGAUCAACAUCUCGAACAGCCGCUUCUUCGUCCCGAAGAACUACAUCUUCUCCGGCGUGGAGUGCUCGAUGGACGACCUGAAGUUCGAGGUCGACCCGGAGAUGGGGAAACUGUUGCAGAGGAGCUACAGCAAUCCGCAGAUCCACGUAGGUUCGCCUACUCCGGUCGACGUCGAGACGGAUCGCGCGUCUUUGAACGCCGCAAUCACGACGAGAGGAACGGAAAGCUGUACGUCCGAUGAGACCACAUCGAACAGUGUGACAAGGCAACGCGAAGACCCCAAGUGUCCGAGGGCACACUCGGACGGAUCGCUCGCGGAUCUGAGGUCGAGAAUGAGCGGGAAAACCGAGCGGAAGCAGAGGCUGUUUCUGAAGAAGCGCGACUCGAAACCCAGUCGCGAGAUCGUCGAUUCUCUCUUGGACGGGAGAACUCCCGGACCGAGGAUAUCCGUGAUAUCGUCGCGAGCUACGAAUCGCGACAACGUACACACCAGCGAGGAAGAAUCGAGCGAGGCGAAAUACGCGGAUCGUAAACUCGUUCCGACUACGUCGGAAAUACCAGACGACUCAAAGAUCGCGGCAGAAGAGGAGAAAUCACCACGAAGCGGUCGGCAAUUGUGGACAGCCAAGCACGUGAUCAUCGACAAUUGUGGAAUCAUGAAGAAACCUGUGUCCGAUGCAACUGUCUUCGACGACGAGAAGACUCUCGACACCCCGGGAGGAUCGGAAAAAUCUAGCUUGUCCGAUAAAAAGGUUGAACGUAAAGUCGAUUCGCCGAUCGGGAGCAGCAUGGCGAGUACCGGGCUCGGUGGGGUGAGGAGGACUCCUCACGACUCUCCGGAUUCCCCUUCAGCAGGACGGAAUGAGCGAGACGGGUCUUCGACGAGCAACGAGAAGCUCAAUCGGAAGUUCAAGUAUUCAAAUCUGAGCGAGACCAAUCGAGCGAGUCGCAUGAAGUUCCUGCGGGAUAGCUUGCAGACCGACGCGAGCGACAAUUUCAGCGGCGAUUUUUAUCUCGGGAGAGCGAAUUCUCGCGAGAAUAAGCUCAGUGUGAGAGAUGAAGAGGCCAAGGCAUCGCGAGAUAACGCAGAUCCCUCGGGAUCGCUCGACGGAGAUCAGGACUCGUUCGGAGGCACGUCAUCCUUCAGAGAGAAGUAUGAGACGAUCUUGGAGGAUGUGGAAUUAAGGACGACGCCGGGACGGCAGUCGCGUAUACCCAUAUCUUGCGACCCUAACCAGAAAACCGUGAUUCAACAACAACAACCGCCGCCGAGACCGGCUAGCACGCCCACGGAGACCCAGCAGUCCGUGCUGACGAGCGUGCAGCAGGAAAUGGCCGCUCGUAGGAAGGCCAACAUUUCGCGACAGGACUCGAGGCUCUCCGUCAAGUGUCUGAUCGAGAGUAUCGAGAACGCCACGAAGCAGGCUAAAGCUGGACCUGGCAGUCGUAGCAGCUCCACGUCAUCCCUAAAUUCGAUUGGAACCAACGACAUCAUGACCCUGAAGGCGCCCCUCAGGGACCAGCAGCAGAUCAACAAUCUAAUCUGCACGGCGAAUUCGACGAAUAACAAUAAAACACAGUCAACAAUUGCGAGGAAAUCAGCGUCAGAGACGAAAUCAUCACCGGUGGUUCUGAGUCCUGGCGAGCUGUUGGAUUCGGCCGCGUUGAACGCCAAGGCGAUCGACUUCGUUCGUCGGAACAGCGUGACCGAUCUCUCGGAACGCAAGGACCCGCUCUGCGGUUUAGUCAAGAACGGAGGCUCGAAGCGCAACGCCUUGCUCAAAUGGUGUCAGAAUAAGACGAUAGGUUACCGGAACAUCGACAUAACCAACUUCAGCAGUUCGUGGAAUGAUGGCUUGGCGCUGUGCGCGAUCUUGCACUCUUACCUACCGCGCAAAGUGCCGUACGACACUCUGACUCCGGUCGAAAAGCGGCGCAACUUCUCGAUCGCCUUCUCCGCCGCCGAGAGCGUCGGUAUACCGACAACCCUGAACAUAGACGAGAUGUGUCAGCUCGAGCGGCCUGAUUGGCAACAAGUCAUGACGUACGUGACCAGCAUUUACAAGCACUUUGAGACGUAACUGAUGACAUCGUCCCAGUAUCGCCUGAUAGUCGGGCACGUCCUACCUAUAAUAUAUCUACAGAACGGUCUUGGGGUCGCGAGAGGCGAGCGAAGGGAAGAACAACAACAUCUAGUCAACUAAAUUCGAUAGGACGAGAGAGGAAAAAAACGGGGAAAAAGGGAGAAGUACGCAGCAAAAACGUCCGGAGAUAUCUCGGGGAUCGCUGAAUUCGCACUGCCUACUAUAUACUAAUCGUACUGCCUUGUAUACGCGCUGUAUAUAUACAUAUGUAAUUCCGAAAUCGUAAAAAUCUACGGCCGCUGGAUUACGUGCAGAAAGCGAAAGAGAGAGAUAGAACUCGAUCGAAGAUGAAACACCAAAUGGAAUUGCUGUUACUAUGAGACUGAGAAACUUAUAUACAUACAUACAAUACAUACAAUACGUAUAUAAAUAUAUGUAUCGUGCGCGCGCGCGCGCGCGUGCGUGCACUUUAUAGCAACACGAGCGGUGAAUUUUUCUUGAUAAAUUUCGGGAGAGAAAGCAGGAUUUCCCGCGUGUCUCGCGAAAAAAAAAAUGAGAGGAAGGUGAUAGAUGGAAAACUGCAAGCUUUGCGAAUAGUUUUCACUAAGCAGAACGACAGAAGACUCUGCGCGUGUGAGAAGUGACAGACGCAACACACACGUGUAUAUAUAUGUACACACACACAUACAUAAAAUCACAUGCCCACCACGCCUCCGCAUCGUAACAUAUUCAUGUUGCACGUUUUGCAAAGAAUCGAGUAUUUGCGUUCCUCGUAUCGUGAGUAUUUUUGUACGUGUAUUAUUUUUCGAGAAACUUUUUUGUAAAGUUCGUAAAAAGAGAGUGUACAGAACGAAGCGCCUUAUAAUUUAAGAUAUCUAAUUUAUUGCAAUUAGUCGUAUUUUAGCCGCUCUUACCGANGAGAGAGAGAGAGAGAGAGAGAGAGAGAGAGAGAGAGAGAGAGAGAGUCCCCUGGAAAGUGGGGAAAAAAAGAAGAAAGGGAAAAUCGUGUUUUGCAUUUCAUAUUUUGCACGCUGAUGUGGAAGAAAAGAAGCAGAUUUACACGUCGCGCGAAGGUUAAGUUCUCUGUGAUAUAGCGAGAUAGCCCCGAAAACAGAGAUACAGAUAUUGUCGUUAUCGCUAAUUACUACAAUUAUACUCUAUCACCGCUAUGAUAUACUAUCGUCCUCAUCGUCAUUGUUGUACUAUCGUAUAGACAACACGGACACGCUGUCUGAUGUAAAAUAAAUAAACUUGCCUAACGGAUA